AUGGGGCCAUCUGAGCUUUCUCUGCAGCCCUGGGACCCUGUCUCUCCGCAGCUGGCCCAGGCUCACGGCAACGUGUUCACCGUGUGGGUGGGCCCGACGCCCGUGGUGGUGCUGAGCGGCUUCUGGAUGGUGAAGGAAGCCCUGGUCUCCAACUCGGAGCAGUUCUCAGGCCGGCCCCUCACCCCGCUCUUCCGGGACGUGUUUGGAGAACGAGGGGUCAUCUGCAGCAAUGGGCACACGUGGAGGCAGCAGAGAUGCUUCUGCCUGGCAACGCUUCAGGAGCUAGGCCUAGGCAAGCUGGCACUGGAGCUGCAGUUGCAGGGAGAGGCGGCAGAGCUGGCAGAGGCCUUCCACCAGGAGCAGGGUAGACCCUUCGACCCUCGGGUACACAUUGUCACGUCCACGGCCAGAGUCAUUGGGGCCCUUGUGUUUGGCCACCACUUCCUCUUGGAGGAUCCCUUCUUCCGGGAACUGAUUCAAGCCAUCGACUUUGGCCUGGCCUUUGUCAGCACCAUUUGGCGCAGGGCCACGGACAACCCUGUCUCCACAUUCAAUGAAGAAAACCUGAUCCAGGUAGUGGUCGACCUGUUUCUGGGAGGCACCAACACCAUGGCCACUACCCUGUGCUGGGCACUCAUCUGUGUGGUCCAGCAUGGAGCCAUCCAGGAGCCGCCUGCAGAGAGGGUGCAGCGGGAGCUGGAUGCGGUGCUGGGCACCUCCCGGGCCAUCCGCUACUAGGACCGCGAGCUACUGCCCUACACCCUCACCGUCCAUGAGGUGCAGCACCUCAGCAGCGUCGUGACCGCAGAUGCCGUGCGCCAGUGCGUGACCUCCACCCAUGUGCAUGGCCACCCCGUGCCCAAGGGCACCAUCAUCUUGUCCAACCUGGCCUCUGUGCUCUAUGACCCUGAGUGUUGGGAGACCCAACAAUUCAACCCUGGCCACUUCCUGGACAAGGAUGGAAACUUCCUGGUCAGUGAGGCCUUCCUGCCAUUCUCUGCAGGUACUGGACACAGGGUGUGCCUAGGGGACCAGUUGGCUCGGAUGGAGCUCUUCCUGAUGUUUGCCACCCUCCUCAGGACCUUUUGGUUCCAACUGCCAGAGGGGAGCCCAGGGCUCAGGCGGGAGUAUAUCUUUGGGGGCACUCGGCAGCCCCGGCCCCAGGAGAUCUGUACCGUGCCCCGUCUGAACUGCCCCGACCCAGGUCCUGGAGAGGAGGGCGUGUAA